CCAACUACUCUAUUUAAUUUGUCUCAUUAAAUUUCCUCCUUUCAACCUCCAAAAAAAGAAGGAAAAACAUGGGAAAUACAAUUUCACCUUGCUGCUACUCCAUUUGUCCUUCAAGAUCAUUAAUGGUUAACCUAUUUUUUCACGAUGGAACGACGAGGAUGGUCACCGGAAAAAGGCUAGCCGGAGAGAUAAUGUUCGAGUUCCCGGACUGCAUGGUUUGCCAUGCAGACUCAUUCUAUAUUGGAAACCCUAUUCCAUCCUUAAAUAUCGAUGAUAAGCUCAAAAAUGGCGAUACAUACUUCGUUUUCCCUCUAGAUUACUUCUCAUCAAGCAACGUUCUCUCGGCCUCUUCUCUUGCUUCCCUAGGCUCGAACCCUAGACGAGCACCUGUUAAUUUCAAGAACCCUAUAUUUCAAUAUAUUAAGGCGGAAAAUGGUAGGGUUUUGAUAAAAGUGUCACCGGAGUUCAUAAUUAAACUUCUUACAAGAGGAAAAGAAGAUGGAUCACAAGAUAAUAUUGCAACUACGACAAGUCCUAGUGAUGGUAAGUUUUUAUGUAACACACCUGAGUUGAAGAAACAUUAUGAACAAUUGGUUGGUCCAAAAGAACAAGUUUGGUCACCUAAGCUUGAGACUAUUUCUGAAUACAAAAUUAGGUAUUCUCCUUGUAGGUUUAUAGGUUUGGAAUGGAAGCAGAAAGAAGAAUGAUUUUAUUUAUUUAUUUUUUUUUUGUUGAUUUUUGUGUAUAGCAAUUAAUUAAGUGAAGUAAGAAAAUGCAGUUAAUAGCACUGUAACUUAAAUGUACAGAAUAAUAUACAUACUAGUUCCUGUACACAUGCGUUGCACGUGUAUCCCA